AUGUUGGGUUUUAACAGUGCUCGAAAUAAAGCAGGUGUACAAUCAGAAGAUACGAUUAAUGUCUGUGGACAAGAAUACACUAAGGAUGAAUGGACAAAUGUCACUCCAAACAUAUUGUCCAAGACGUCUCGAAAGCUCCAUCUUCACCAAUCUCACCCAAUUUCGAUUAUUCGUCAACGUAUUGAAAACCAUUUUGCUACAUUCAAAGCUCUCAAUAGGUUUGAGCCCACUGUCACUACCAAAAUGAAUUUCGAUGACUUGUGCAUUCCUGCCGAUCAUCCCACACGUGUGAAGUCUGAUAAUUACUACAUCAAUGCCACCAACAUGCUACGUGCGCACACAUCCGCACACCAACUUCAGGGCCUAGAGUCUGGAGCAACUAAGUUCCUUAUAAGUGGUGAUGUUUACCGCCGUGAUGAAAUUGACAGUUCUCAUUAUCCUGUCUUUCAUCAAAUGGAAGGCUUACAAUACUUUGACAUGGAUCCAGAAAUCACUGCUAAACAAGUUCAAGAUGAUAUAGCAUCUCAAGCUGAAUUAGCAGCCAACACUGUUCAACUUGUCGACGAUACUUUGGUCAAACCAGAAAACCCAAUACAAGACCGACAUGCUCCUGAAGCUGCUCAAGCUGUCGUUGCACAUCUUAAGCAUUCGUUAAAUUCAAUGGUUCGCGCAUUAUUCAAGGAUGAACCCAAUCUGCAAGUUCGCUGGAUUGAUGCCUACUUCCCUUUUACCAGUCCCAGCUGGGAGAUGGAAAUCUUCUACCAAGGAGAGUGGCUGGAAAUUUGUGGAUGUGGUAUUGUUCGACAAGAUUUGAUGGAUGCCGCUGGUCUUCAAAAUAAGAUAGGAUGGGCAUUCGGAUGUGGACUUGAAAGAUUGUCUAUGGUUUUGUUCGAUAUUCCUGACAUUCGUUUGUUUUGGUCGGAAGACGAAAGGUUUUUGAGUCAGUUCGCCGCUGGAGAAAUCGUCAAGUUCAAGCCGUUCUCAAAGUUCCCUCCAUGUUUGAAAGAUAUCAGUUUCUGGCUUCCUGAAAAGGACUGGAAUGAAAACAACUUUUGCGAAAUUGUGCGAGGUGUUGCUGGCGACAUUGUUGAAAAUGUCACCAAGAUCGAUGAUUUCACACACCCAAAAACACAAAAGCGAAGUGUAUGCUAUAGAAUUACAUACCGAUCAAUGGAUAGAAAUGUAACCAACGAGGAAAUUAAUGCCAUCCAAGAGAAAGUCCGCUCCACGGUGGAAGAAGACUUGUCCGUCCAAUUGCGAUAA